UAUUGUCAAACCUGGAGCUGUUUGACCUAAUGGCGACUGGAGCUGGUGAGUGUCCCAGCAAGGCCGCUCAGUACCGGGUGGACCACCUCCUCAGUGCGGUGGAGAGUGAGCUGCAGGCCGGCAGCGAGAAGGGAGACCCCACCGAGAGGGACCUGAAAGUGUCCCUGGAUGAACGGGAGCUGUGGCAAAAAUUUAAGGACCUCACAAACGAGAUGAUAGUUACAAAGAACGGCAGGCGCAUGUUCCCGGUUCUGAAAGCCAACGUCUCUGGACUGGACCCAAACGCCAUGUAUUCCUUCUUGCUGGACUUUGUGUCGGCGGACAACCACAGGUGGAAGUACGUGAACGGGGAAUGGGUGCCGGGAGGUAAACCCGAGCCCCAGACCCCCAGCUGCGUGUACAUCCACCCAGACUCUCCAAACUUCGGGGCUCACUGGAUGAAGGCUCCGGUCUCCUUCAGCAAAGUCAAACUCACCAACAAGCUCAACGGCGGAGGUCAGAUUAUGUUAAAUUCUUUGCACAAAUACGAGCCACGUAUCCACAUCGUUAGGGUUGGAGGCCCACGCAGGAUGAUCACCAGCCACUCCUUCCCAGAGACGCAGUUCAUCGCAGUAACAGCAUAUCAAAAUGAAGAGAUAACAGCUCUAAAAAUAAAGUACAACCCUUUUGCCAAGGCCUUUCUAGAUGCAAAGGAAAGGAAUGAUCACAAAGACAUGAGGGAAGAAGCUAAUGAUAAUCCCCAGUCUGGUUACUCCCAGUUGGGUAGCUGGUUUAUUCACGGCACGGGAACCCUCUGCCCCCCCACCAGUCCACACAGCCAGUUUGGGAGUCCCAUCGCCCUGUCGCCCUCCCACGGCUGUGAGCGUUACUCCAGCCUGAGGAGCCACCGCUCUGCGCCCUACAGCAGCCCAUACGCCCAUCGGUCCAACUCCCCCACCGGAUAUUCAGAUAACUCAUCAUCCUGCUUGUCGAUGCUCCCCAGUCACGAUAACUGGUCCAGUCUGCAGAUGCCGACCCACUCCAGCAUGAUGCCCAUGACCCACAACUCUACCUGUGCAGCCAACUCAAGUCAGUACACCAGCCUGUGGUCUGUGAGUAACUCCCCUCUGACUCCAGUGUCCCAGAACGGGGGGUUAAGCAGCUGCCUCAGCUCCCAGUUUCUCCGAGGGUCGUCCAGUCACUAUCCCAGUCUGCCUCACUCCGCCACAGCGCCCCCCUCUGUCUCUCCCAUGUAUGACAGCAGCUCUGCUACCGAGGUACAGGACCCUGUCCAGUAUGAAGCUUCACCCCACGGCCGGCUGCCCUCAGCUUGGACCCCCGUCACGCCUCCAUCCCUUUGAUUGGAGGGUCAUUGAGGAUUGAUUGAGACCUUCUCUUGAGUAACCUCUUGUUACUUUAAGAAGGAAUAAACUUUUUUAAACAAAUUGUGUGGAGUAUUUCAAGGUGUUAUAAGAAGAACCAGCGGAGGCUUGAAUCAGCCUCUAAACAAAUCUCAGUUUAUUACUAAAGAAUAAAAUGCUUUUUUUAAAUUAGUUGAUCUGUUUGAUCUGCUUAUAUUAAGCAUAACUGCACAAAAUUUAGAGCAGGAAAUCAUAAAGCUCAAAUAAUAUGAAUUAGGAAUUAAGAAUGUUUAUACUGUAAAUGGGAAAUCAUUUUAAGCUCUGUAAAUAAAUGUUUUCUUUGUUUUGUUUUGCUUUGUUUUUUGUUGCCUUUUGAGAAGAUGUGAUUUAAUAAUAGAACACACUUCUUUUGUUUGUUGUUUUUCUUUCUUCUCCCCUUUACAUCAAAAUAGAUUUGUGUUUAAGAUGACUAAAAUGUUGUUCUGGCUUUCUAAUAUUUGGAUCUGUGGGUCCAUAAUAGGAAGUAUUCAGAUUAAAUUUAAUGCAAUUUGUUUGUAAAUGAAUCCCAACCAGUUUUACGUUCCUCUUUAUCCCCACAAAUCAAGCCUCCGGUUGCAUUAAUAUGUACAUUUGGGUGUUUAUAUUAUUAUUAUUUCUAAUAACAGGUCUUCAGGUACUCUAUAGCUUUACAUAUUAACUUUAUAGAUGCAGUAUGUAGUUUUCAUAAAGUUUUUUUUUUUUUUAAUAUUUGUAAAAUGAUGACAGGACAUACAAUGACAGGAGCUUCAUAUUUUAUCACUGAUUUGAUAAAAUAUAAAAUCUGCCUUCAGAAAUUGCACACCGCUAGGUCCUAGGCAACCAAUCAGAGCCAGGGGGCGGGUCUUAUGCACAGCUUGGCCAAUCCCCCUUGAGCUCUGCUACGCUACAGCUGAUUCGCCACAUCAUUAGCCUGCUGUAAAUGCUAAUGCUAGCUAGCAUGGCGACCGAUGACGACGGAUAAACAGUGUUUCUGACAUGAAUGAAAUCUCACUGAUUUGAUUUGCCCUCACAACAUCUGAUGUUGGUCAAGAUGUCCCACUGGAAAAUUGGGGAAAUAUUUCUCAAAACAUAUUUUGGUGCCGGACACAUCUUCAGAGAUAAAACUCGCUGAUGUCUGCAGCGGGUUUACUGUCUGAGGAAAAGCACAAAUGUGCUGCGACUGAAAGCUUGACAAAGCAUGAAAAGCAGCUUUAUGUCUGAAGUGCUCCAAGGCUGUCCGAGAGGCACAGGAACCCAUUCAGCCCGGGGGAUCAAGGGUUCACCACAUCCCAUUGGAUUGAGGCAUCAUCUGAAGCUAUCAAUCAAGAAGUUAAUGCUUCAGAGCAACUGAAUUUUCCAAAUGACUCUAUGAAUACUGCCAAAUUAAUUACACGCUGCCCAUCACAAAGCACUGAUAUAUCACUCAUAUAGAAAAGUGUUCUGUCAGGAGGAAUGGGCCAAAAUUCCAGCAAACGUCUAUGUGAAUCUGGUGGAAGCAAAAUAUACAGUUUAGAAAACUAUCAUCAAUAACACAAGUAAAAUAUACCUAAAAUAAAAUCUCUCUCAUUAUUUCGACAUACUGUGUUUUUGUGCAGUGUGUGCAAAUAUCUGGUUUCAGUGGUGGAGCGAGACUAAGUGAAUAACGUAUGACGCUCCUGAUUACUUUUUACUCUCAUCCUAUUACCAUGUUGUCUUGGUGCGUUAUUGAAAAUGAUUAUUUCAGUAGGUUCUUUCUGAAAGUAUGGCCCUUGCUUUUAUAGCCAAAGGAAACAUUAUCAUCAUUAGAUUGAGGAAAUAACUCGACCUUUCUGUUGGAGCCAAUUAUGUAUCUCGUGUCUUUUUCCUGUAUUCAAAGUGAGGAGGGAAAAUAGAGAGAUUCAUCAGAAAAAAUCUAUAAAAGCUAGGAAGGCAGGGUAUUUCACUAAGCCUAAUAAUCCCAUUAUGAUCCCAACGAGAAAAAAAAGCUCUCAGUCAAAGCACGGCACAUUGACGCAAGCAUUUCUUGACGUCAGCAGCUGCAGUGAAUGAGGGAUGGAGGAGGGUAGAGUUAGAGGGGGGGGGGACAGAAAGGCGUGUUUACCUUCCCUUCAGAAAAUACCAGCGUCAAAUGCAUGAAUGCAACUGCAAGAAAGCAACGAAAAACAUUCACCCUGACGUUCAAACGUGCACAUUUUAGAGAAACAGUGUAGGUGCUGCAGCUUCGGAUAUCUAAACCAGCUGUAGUAAAUGGAAAAACGAUCCUCUGACCUGGGGGUGCUCAUAAAUAAAUCAGCAGAAGAGAGAAUGAAAGAGAGGCUUCAGGCACCCAUCUGUGUCCCCCUGACAGCAAAUUUAACGUGUCUAAGAAAUAAUCUGAGGAGAUAUGUAGAGUUUUACUCUAAAAAGGGGGAUUUUUUUCUUCAAAAUAGAUUAGAGAGAUGAGUAGAGCGAAAGGGAAGGAAAACUGACAUCAGGGCAAUUUGUAAGAGCCAGACUGGUGGCGUCACUGGCUCUUUUCUGGAGUCUUGCUGCAUUUAUUCAAAGCUUAUUCUCAAGUUGCAAUGUGGCUCAAGUGAAAACAAACCUGUUCGUUCAAGGACUUGCGCUCACAACACAAUGCUGCCUGUUUGUUCCCUUUUAUGUUACUCUGACACUCGGAUCAGGCUUGUUCAGGGAGUCACAGACGAACCGGCUCUUUUCUGUUCUUUCCCCACUUUGACAAACGUUGCGUAUUUACCUGCUGCUCAUCUGGGACGAGGUGAAAAACUCCUCAUUGGUGUACGCUAAGAAGGAAGACUGCAACCAGAUAAUCUACGUUUACACUGGCCUUUUUUCUUACUGAAAAAUGCCCAAGAGUUCCCGUGCGUCAUUCCCGAUUAGACUUGGAGUCUGACGUUGCCAGCGCAGCAUUCAAGAAGAAAAUACCUCACAGAAAUGUUAAAGUCCAACAUCUUUUUUUAGUCACAUCCGGAGUGACGGAAGUCUUUUUUUCUUUUCUCUCUCUCUUUUUUUUUUUUUUUUUUUUUUUUUUUUUUUUAAUAUACGCGGAUCAACAAGUUGCCGUCAGUGCGUAAUUUCCAUCUGACCAGAGUCCAAGCAUAAUCCGAGAGCGACACACGUGAUCCACAAAAUCUCUUCGGUUGCAAAUUUUCCCCAUCUCAUCUGACUAGAAGAAGACGAAGGG